CGCUUCUUCUUCCGGGCACGUUAUUGUUGCAUCAGCAUCCACCCUGCACCUCCUGCACCUCCUCCACCUCCUCCACCUCCAGCUCCAGCAGCAGCAGCACUGUGACACCAUGUCCACCUCAGCAGAGCCAGCCUUUGAGUUUGGCUUCUUGCUACAGAUAAAUGAGGAGGCCGCGCUGGCAGUGGCCCUGAAUGACUACCUCACCUCACGCAGCUACCUGGCUGGGUUCAGCCCCUCCCAGGUGGACCAGAAAGCCUUUAAGCUCCUCCACAGGCCCCCCGACCCGCGACACGUUCACGCUCUGCGCUGGUACAGACACAUAGCCGCCCUGCAGCAGGACCUCGUCCCUGACGGCAGCAUGAAGGGGAAGCGGGUUCAGCCUCCGUGGUCUCCACCAGCAGGAACAGACGUUCCCCAACUUCGACUCUACAACAGCCUGACGAGAACGAAGGAGCCGUUCGUUCCUCAGAAAGGGAACAAAGUCACGUGGUACUGCUGCGGACCGACGGUGUACGACGCCUCACACAUGGGACACGCCAGGUCCUACAUAUCUUUUGAUAUUCUGCGACGGACGCUGAGGGACUACUUCAAGUACGACGUCCUCUACUGCAUGAACAUCACAGACAUCGACGACAAAAUCAUUAAACGGGCUCGGCAGAACUACCUCCUGGACCAGUACAAGGAGAAGAAGCCACAAGCUGCUCAGAUACUGCAGGACGUCCUGAGUGCCAGAGAGCCCUUUCAGGCUCAUCUGGUUUCGACGACAGACCCGGAUAAGAAGCAGAUGCUGGAGAGGCUGGACGCUGCUGUGACAGCUGCUCUGCAGCCCCUGCAGGCGGCGAUGGAGGGCAAAGCAGCAGCUGAGGUCGUACAACCUCUGGCCCAGGUGCUGUUGGAGAACUCGAAGGACCUGCUGUCUGAUUGGUUGGACAAACAGUUUGGAAGUCAAGUCACGGAGAACUCGAUCUUCUCCAUUCUGCCUAAAUACUGGGAGGGCGAGUACCACAAAGACAUGGAGGCGCUGAACGUUCUUCCUCCAGACGUCCUCACUCGAGUCAGUGAAUACGUGCCCGAGAUCGUGGAGUUCGUGGAGAAGGUUGUCUCGAAUGGUUACGGGUAUGAAUCGAACGGCUCGGUGUACUUUGACACGUCUAAGUUUGACACCAGUCCACAGCACUCGUACGCCAAACUGGUGCCCGAGGCGGUCGGAGAUCAGAAAGCUUUACAAGAGGGAGAGGGUGACUUGAGCAUCUCUGCUGACAGAUUAAGUGAGAAAAAGUCUCCCAAUGACUUCGCCUUGUGGAAAGCCUCCAAGCCCGGAGAGCCUUCAUGGGACUCUCCGUGGGGGAAGGGACGGCCCGGCUGGCAUAUUGAAUGUUCGGCCAUGGCUGGCUCCAUCUUGGGUGAGUCCAUGGACAUCCACGGUGGAGGGUUCGACCUUCGGUUCCCUCAUCACGACAACGAGCUGGCUCAGUCUGAGGCUUUCUUUGAGAACGAUUACUGGGUCAGAUACUUCCUGCACACCGGUCACCUGACCAUCGCUGGCUGCAAGAUGUCCAAGUCUCUGAAGAACUUCAUCACCAUCAAGGACGCGCUGGCGAAGAACACAGCUCGACAACUCCGCCUGGCUUUCUUGAUGCAUUCCUGGAAAGACACGCUGGACUACUCGUCCAACACGAUGGAGUCCGCCGUCCAGUACGAGAAGUUCAUGAGCGAGUUCUUCCUGAAUGUCAAAGACAUUCUGCGCGCGCCGACCGACAUCACCGGGCGCUUCGAGAAGUGGGAGGCAGCCGAGAUGGAGCUCAACAACAGUUUCUACGACAGGAAAGCCGCCGUCCACGAGGCUCUGUGCGACAACAUCGACACUCGCACCGUCAUGGACGAGAUGAGAGUCCUGAUCGGCCACAGCAACAGCUACAUCGCCAGCAGGAAGAGCGCCAAGAUGAAGCCCAACCGCAUGCUGGUGGAGAGCAUCGCCGUGUAUCUCACCAACAUGAUGAAGAUCUUCGGGGCUAUCGAAGAAUCCGUGUACAUCGGCUUCCCAGUGAGAGGACAGAGCGAGAACAUCGACCUGGAGAGCACGGUGAUGCCGUACCUCACGGUGCUGUCGGAGUUCAGAGAGGGCGUCCGAAACAUCGCCCGAGAGCAGAAAGUGAUGCAGCUACUGCAGCUGUGCGACGUCGUCCGCGAUGAUACGUUACCCGAGCUCGGAGUCCGACUGGAAGAUCACGAAGGUCUGCCGACUGUGGUGAAGCUGGUGGACAAAGAGACUUUACUGAAGGAGCGAGAGGAGAAGAAGCAGAUGGAAGAGGAGAAGAAGAGGAAGAAGGAAGAAGCCGCGAGGAAGAAACAGGAACAAGAGAUGGCCAAACUCGCCAAGAUGAAGGUCGCUCCAUCCCAAAUGUUCCUCACAGAAACUGACAAGUACUCCAAGUUUGACGAAACGGGUUUCCCCACUCAUGACAUGGAAGGGAAGGAGCUGAGCAAAGGACAGGCCAAGAAGCUGCGUAAGCUGUACGAGGCUCAGGAGAAGUUACACAAUGAGUUUCUUCAGAUGAACCUAAAUGGAAACUGAUUGUGUUUUUUUAUUUUUCUCAAACUAUCGCCGCUCUCCUCGCUCUGCAGAAUAAACGUCAAGUUGCUGGGUCAUUGUUUGUCUCUCUGAUUAUCAGAAAACAAAAAAAACCUCCAAAUCAGUUUGAAACACGUCGGUGUGGAGAGAUCCAAGAGAACGAACGCUGCAGACUUCCUCUGUGCGUCUGGGCGUCUUUCCACAAAAUCUAAAUUAAAUAAUAAUAACCGAGGUGACGGCGUUAACGGAGCACUAAUGAGUCUGUUAGCGCUCUGAUAACCCCGUCUGCAAAUGAUUUUUACAUCCAUGAUCUGAACUCUGUAACACUGCCACAGCUAAAGGAUUCAAACAGGCUGCAGCACGUGACAAACCAACAUUACAUGUCAGUGACGUGUCGUGUUGUCCCUCCAGAGCUUCAUCCGCUCGUUUAUUCAGGUUUUAAUUUGUCGCCCGUCACUAGAGCUGCAACUAACGAUGGUCACUUCAUCUGGUAGAUAUUUUCUUAAGUCAUUAUUAAUUGAUUGUUUUCGUCUGAAAAAUGUAAGAAAAUGCUGUUUUAAUUUCUGAAAACCCAAAGGACAGUCUAAAACUCAAAUAUCAAAUGAUGAAAUCUGAAAAGCUGGAACCAGUUUGGCUUGAGUUUUCUUGAAAAUGUAACAAAAUAAUUAAGUGAUGGUGAAAAUAGUUGCAGAUAAUUUGUUUUGUUAAUUGUUGCAGCUCUAGACCUUUAGAAUAAAAGUCAGCUUUGGUUUAGUUUGACUCAUUCUGUUGUUGUUGUGAUGUAAUUUAUGAGAAUAUGUCGAUUUAUACAACGGUUACAUCAGCAGAUAACUUUUUAUAUAAAACACCUUCAGUCAGAUGAAACUUCAUUCAGCUGAAAAAUAACUCACUGUAACUGUACGAGCACCAUCAGACUCGUUUUAUAGGUAGUUUUGUAUCACAGAUUAUCAUGACUUCAGUCAACAACAGCUGCUUUCAGUUCAUUCCACUCAUAUUCACCAGUUCAUCUCUAAUAUGAAGGAUCCUUCCUCUGUACCUGGAAGAUUUUACAUCAUUUAAUACUUUUUUUUUCCACGUAUUUGCAUCAAUAUUAAAUGUUUUUGGGUCAUUCCUCAUUUCAGUUCAUCAGAUUUUUACAAUCUGAACAGACAGAGCUGCUCAUAUUCCAGAUUUUAUGUUGUCGUCGUCAUCAAAUCCCACAAAAAGACCAAAACCAGACAAGUGUCCGUCUGUCUGAGCUCAGCUCUGAUCCCAUUUAUUCCAACUGAAGCUGUAAAGUUUGAUUUAAUAUUCUACAUAUCUGGUUUUUGGUCUUUUUGUGAGAUUUGUUGACGAUAGUAAAAACAUCAGCAUCCUCGUCAUCACACAUGAAGCUCACACCCUCUGUCCGUGUGAAACAACACGAGGAGCUUUGUCUUUGUUCCACCUGCUCGUGUGUUUGUGACGACGUAGCUGCAGUGAAACUUCAGACAGGAAAUCAGCCAAGAUCAACAGAUGGAUGAAUGUUUAUUAUUCAAAUAUCAGACUUUUAAUUUGAUUACAAACUGUUUUAUUUUGAAAACUCUGUACGUCUGUUGUCCAGAUGGAGGUUUAGAUUCAAACUGACAGUCAGUGAUUUCUCUGCACAACUUCAAUAAACGCUCAAACAGGA